AUGGAUAGCAUAUCCUUGGAUUGCUCUGACCAUAGUAUUAGCAAGGCGGAUGCUCAAUUUGUUGUGCUGAAGAUCUACGUGGUGCAGCACAAGCUGAGGACCUAUGAAAAAUCACUCCCACCCAGAAGAUAUCCUCGAUCUGAAUAUCCGUAUCGCAAAGUCCUUGACAAGUUUGAGAUCACAGGCCCCGAGGGAAAACAUAUCUGUGUUGUCCACGAGGCACCUCCCCUUGACCCCUAUCAGUUUCACAAGGGAGACAAAUUGAGUGUCAAUGAAAUGAGAGAAACAAUGCGGCAGCAAUUGAUUCUGCUGGAUUAUUUGCAUACAGACUGCAACACAACCGCUCGCGUUGAUCCUAUCAUGUACAAAGAGGCAUAUCCAAUGGCGGACACAGAGUCUGAUAAAAUCACGGAAAGCCUCUUACCAGGGGAUGGAAUGCCGCUUUUGGCAGAUUGUGCAGACGCAGACUAUGAAGCUGGACUUAUCCAAAAACACGCUAGAUCCCCAGAGGAAAUUCUGAGAUCGCCCCUGGAUUUCAAAGUUGAUACAUGGGCUGCUGCUGUAACAGCCUGGGACUAUGUGAGCUCCCGCAAUCUCAUCAGUGGGAGAAACGAAGAGGGUGCAUUCGAUGACCGGGUCCAUGUUGCCGAGCUCGUGGCUCUCAUAGGUCCCCCAAGUCCCGAGUACCGUAAUAAAAUGCCUCUGGGCUCGAUUUUCUGGGACGAAGAAGGCCAAUGGACAGGACAAGUACCCAUACCAGAUCGCAAACUAGAAGAUCUGGCAUUAGGGGAGGCUGACGGCGAGGAUAUGAGUGGAUUUUUGCAGUGGAUGCGCAAAGCUUUGCAAUGGGAUCCCGCAGAUCGACCUACAGCAUUGGGGUUGAUGCGCCAUGAGUGGAUGGCUCAGGAGCCUAGCGCCGAGGAAGAGGCAGCUGGCGAAACACCAGAAUGUGCGUCGGCCCAGAGUUCAUCGUCAUGA